AUGGUUUCAUUUAUUAUUAAACAUAAAAAUGAAACUUUUAUUAAUUCAUUGAAUGAGCCAAUAUUAAUUAUACCAGAGUUGAAUAACUUUGAUGUUAAAAAUAAAAUUGAACUAUUGAAGGGGCAAUGUUUAUCAAAUGUUAUUAAAUUGGUUGAUUCAUGGGAUCAUGGUUAUACUUUUGUUAUGGAAAAAGAUGAUGGUAAAGGAUUUAUUAUUGGUAAGGAUCCAAUUGGCCGAUAUUCAUUACUUAUGUCUUUUAAGACUAAGCAUACAAUUACAGUAGCAACUUCUAUCAAGGAAGAUGACGAUGGAUCAUAUAUUGAAAUUCCAUCAGGAACAAUCAUGGAGAUAAAUUUGAAUAAUGAUGAAAAUAAAUUUCAUAUAAAAUGUUUAAGUUUAAUAGAUUUUAAAUAUAUAAAUUCAGUGUGGACAAAAGAUAUAUUAAAUAGUCAAUUCAUACAACCUCCAAAUGUUAAAAAAUUUAAUAUAUCCAAGGAUUGUGUAUAUGAUGAAGAACUUGAAGGAAUGUAUGCUGAUAAAAUUGGACAAACUUUACAUAAAGUUUACGAGGAUUAUCAGAUAUAUAAAGAGAAAUCUAUUACAAUUAUGUUUUCAGGUGGUAUUGAUAGUGUUGCUAUUUCAUAUACAGUUUUACAAAAUCUUCCCAUUGAAACACCUUUAUUUUUGAUCAAUGUAGGGGUAUUAAAUGACAAAAAUGUUGUCUCAACUCCAGAUAGAGAAAGAUCUAUAAGAGCUUAUAGGGAAUUUAAAGAAAAAUUUCCAAAAAAUAAAAUUAUCUUUGUUUGUUGUGAUUUAUCUAGAGAUGAAAUUGAAAAAGCUAAAGUUAAUUUCAUUCACAAAGCUUGUAGACCAAAGUUAACAAAAAUGGAUGAAAGUAUUGCUUUAGUUCAACAUUUUGCAUUCUUAGGUAAAGGAUAUAAUUUAGAGGAUGGUUCAGAAAUUUAUUGCAAUAGUAAUCUAUUUCUUAAUGGUUCUGGAGCUGAUGAAAUAUUUGGUGGUUAUAUGAAACAUCGACAAUGUUACAACAAUACAAAUAACUACGAUGAAAUUGCAUUUUGUUUACAGAAAGAAUUAUUUUAUUUGGGGGAAAGGAAUCAUGGAAGAGAUUCACGUGUUAUUGACGCAACUAGGAAUUAUUUAAAUUGUCUUGAUCGUAAAAUUCUAAGUCCAUUUUUGACAAAUCAAUUUAUUUAUUUUGCUUUACCUAUUCCGAUUAAUAUGAAAUCAAAUUUUCAAAAACCUCGAGGUGAAGGUGAAAAAUCUAUUUUAAGAGUAUACUUAAAAAGGCAAGGAUUAUCAAAAGAGAUUUUCAGUCAACCUAAACAAGCUAUGCAAUUUGGAUCAAAAAUUGGAUAUUAUGAAGAUUCAGGAGUAAAGGGUACAGAUUUAAUUUCUUGUUCCUUUAGUGAUUAUGAUUUAUUGGCACAAGAUUAUAUAAUAAAAGCUAUAGAAGAAAAAUGGGUUAUAGUUUAA